UACAUUUCAUCAUUCAUACGUUCGAGAAGUUUGCAAAUAUGAAUUGCACAGAAGCUGUAUCGGUGUGAGGGAACCUUUAUAAGCGACACCUCCACCUUUCAACGAUUUCUUAUAAUACUUUCACCAUCGCGCUAUCCUCGCAGUAAAUACUAAUCCACGUGUAUGAAUAUAUCGAUGAGACAAUCCGAACUCUUCGGCUUCGUGAUGAAACGCAUAAUAAUAGCCGUCGCUUUGAUUAACAUUUGUUUGGCGGACGUGUCGCAUAUUCUACCAGGAUAUACGACAACCACUACACCACCACCGAAACCUUACAAUUUUCAAUAUCAGGCAGGACGAUAUCCAGGACAUAUCGAUCGAGUCCAUCAGGAAGCCGGAGAUGGAAGUGGAAUUAUUCACGGGUCAUAUUCGUAUAUCGAUCCAAAGUAUAAGGUGCGCACGGUGGAGUAUACGGCCGACAAAGCCGGAUUUCAUCCUGCCUUGAUCAAUUUCGAGGACACUCUCACUCAACCUUCCGAUUCCGAAGCUGUAAGACUGGCCAAGGAGAAACAUUUGCAGCUCUACCAGAGGAUCGCCGAAGCAAACGCUCAUAAUGUUCCAGUAAAUUUGCCACAGGAUUCAGCGAGUGUGGCAAACGCGAAGGACAGACAUUAUCAAUUAUACCAUAGAAUCGCGGAACAACACGCGGCGAUUGCUGCGCAGAGGGAAGCCGAAAGAUUGGCUUACGAGGCGACUUCCGUCGCCAACGACGUAGAUGACCAUCGGAAGUGUUGAUGACUUUUUUUUGGCGUAAUAUACAACAAUGCUCUGAGAAGAAAUGGUUAAAAAUUAAGUAAAUAUACACAAAAAAGUGCUAAAUUCGGGUAAAUAAUUACUUCAAUGA